AUGGCACACCAACAAGACCGCUGUCUGAGUGGAACGCACACCUCAGCAGCUGUGUCGCGCUUGGAAUAUCUGAAAGGAUUGAGCAAGAGAUUCUCCAGUCCCACACCCGAGUUGAUCGAAGAUGUACGGUUGAAUCCAUACCUCCGCGAGUACAACCCGGAUGUGGCUUGGGAAUUUCUUUCAAGGGCACCUGUUGUGGUACAGUGGCGGUGGAGAAUGGUCUUCCUAGACCCGAAUGAUCCAGUUUGCGAUCGAUGCGCAAUCUUCCUACGCCGCGGCCGCGUUGGUAGGUCGGCUGACUGGCCUGACUUUUGCAGAGGCUCAUCCGGCCAGGGGACGUGCGACACAGCCGGCGAUGGGGAAUGCGGCGAGUGUGAUGGGCGUAAUUGUACGACCCUUGCAUUGCCGGCCAACAACUGGGCUGUCCGUGAGUACGUCCGCGGACGUUCCUGGCACUGGUAUGAGGGCGUUGGGAAAGUGGCCUGUGACGAAUGCCGUCAGCAUGGGGAAGUUGAAACCAAUUGUGAGGUGUGGCAAGAUGAUGGCUGUUCAAACUGCAAGAAGAACGGCCGCAAGUGCCGCGUCCGAGGUCUCCCUCACGGGAGUUGCCAGGAACGCUUAAAUCGCCGUAGCGGCCACGAGAACCUGAUCUCCGAGCCCUUUGUUGACCCCCACGAUGUUGGAACCGAUCUAGUGCACCUAUAUGCUGUUUCCAGUGGCGGCGCAGAGGCGCCCGGCGAACCGCCAUUGGAGCGUCUCACAGAAGCGACGCGGGACCCGAAGCUCCCAGCUCCCACGGGCGCCCGGUACUUUGCCAGCUUGGCCCAGGCUCAAGAAGCGCUCCUCAAGGGUGGCGCCGUUCGGACCACGAAGGGGGAUGACGCCCCUCCCCCCACCAAAAGGGCAGAUGCCGCGUUGCGAUGCGAACGAUGCAAACGCCUGGGGGUCGAGUGCAAGAAAGGCAGUCGGGCCAAAAGUUGUGCCAAGUGCAACAGCGCCGGUGUCAGAUGCCGGUUCGACCCAACUGCUCACUUGAAGGCCCCCCAGGUCACGCAUGUCAUGAAGGCUGAGUGGGAUUUGGACGUGAGGGCACCUAAUGGUCGAUGGCUUCGUGAGGACGAAAUAAAGGAGCGCAGUAAGUCCGCAGAAGAGAAGGCAAAGGAGCAAGAGGAGCUCAAACGACUGGAGGCUGAGAAAGCUGCUGCUGAAAAGGCUGCUGCUGAAAAGGCUGCUGCUGAAAAGGCUGCUGCUGAAAAGACUGCUGCUGAAAAGGCUGCUGCUGAAAAGGCUGCUGCUGAAAAGGCUGCUGCUGAAAAGGCAGCAGCAAAGAAGGCGGAAGCGAUGGACCAGAGUGAACACGAGGACUCGGAUGUGGAAAUGACGGACGUGUGGGAGGAUACAGACGAGACAGACGAGACAGAACGCGAGUGGUUCGACGAGCUAGAAUGGUUCUCCGACAUGCACUGGCGGGCGGAGGAAGAAAUCAGCGCACGAAUCAAAAAAUGGAAAGGACACAACCAGUCGUUGAUCAAGAAGCUGCACAGAGACGUCGCUAAUUUUGAUCGAUAUUUCGAGAAGAAUGAAAUGCUCAAAAUCCGCUUCCACAAGUUCCUAGCCGCGCGAUGGGAGGACCCGAGUCGAGACGGCCUAGAUAUCGACUUGAGACCGGCAAGCUCGUCAUAUGGAAAAUUUAGGGACGAGAUCCGAGACCUGUACUCUAUCAAGGCAGAUCCCGAGCUCGGUCAGUGUAUCGACCUUCUCAGGCAUGUCGCAGCCGUGUGUGAGUAUAUGCAGUGGCUUCAAGAAGAGAAGAGACGAUCCGAGGAAGAGAACGAGGGAGAGGGAGAGCAGCGGCAGGAUGAGGAGGAGGAGGAGGAUGAUGAUGAUGAUGAGGAGGAGGAGGAGGACCCUCGGCUUGAACACCUGAAGGGAACGCUUGAAUACUUCAUGUUGAAGCGAAGACACUUUAGGAUUGCUGCAGGUAUCACAACUCGGUCUAAGGUUUGCAGGGCCUUUUUACAAGAGACCAAGUGGGACUAUGAGUACUCCCUUUGGUUUUUUGAAACGCCAGUGUGCCUAAUUGAGAUGGACGACACCCUGAGACGAUGGAUUUUUGGGCUCCAGGCCUAUAUGGAGCACGUGAAAGCAGAAGAACAUAUUUACUACAGGCAAUGGUGGGGCGAAGCUGUGAGCGUUGUCACGAUUCAGAUGUUCGUGCAGCAUAAGUUCGCGGAAGACGACAAGGCACGGACACGCAUAGAGGCAAAGGCGCUUAAGGUAAUUUCGACGUUGGAGGAGACGAUGAAGAAGAUGGACCCCCAAAAUCCAGAGCCUGUGACACCAGCGGAGAUCGAGUCAUGGGGAAAGGCGCAGGCAGAGUUGGAUAAGCUGAACGCAAAGCUGGAAGAAAUGGCAAAGAUGGCCCCGUGGAGGGUGAUGUGGGAGGAAGCCAAUGCAGAAUGGAAGGUUCAAAUGGAAAACAUGAAGCUUGAUAAGUGGAUGAAAAAAUUGGUCAAGGAGUUGGUUAAGCAAGGGGCUAUAGAGAAAUACUUCUAG